UCAUUGUUUAAUUUACAGCUGUCCACGGCCCAAUCCUGAACAUCUGCAUUUGAAUUGAAGUGUGUUCACGAACAGCUGGAGGCGACUAAAAUGACUGACAAGGUGUUUCCAGCGUUCUCAGUGUUCUGGACUCUCCUGCUCCCCCUGCUGGUUGGGAGUACUCCUAUUUCUCAAGACCUGUUUCCGACUGACUGCUCUGAUGUCUACGCUAACGGACAAACACUCAGUGGCGUGUACACCAUCUACCCUACAGCAGACACACCUGUACAGGUGUACUGUGACAUGGGAUGUGGGGAAAGCCAAACAGAAGAUGGGAAGUGGACGGUGUUUCAGAGAAGAAUGGACGGCACUGUGAAUUUCUACAGACCAUGGGGACUCUACAAGAAAGGGUUUGGGAACAAGUAUGGAGAAUACUGGCUAGGAUUGGAGAAUCUCUACCAGCUCACACAUAAGAGGAAAUACGAGCUGAAAGUGGACCUGCAGGACUUUGAGGGAGUGUCAGUUUACGCUCGAUACACUUCUUUCUCUGUGGAACCUGAAGCUGAUGGCUACAAACUCAGUGUUAGCAGCUUCAUCAAUGGAGGUGCAGGUGAUUCCAUGGCGACAAACAAUGGACAGAAUUUCUCCACUUUGAUAAAGACCAGGACUCGUAUCCUGAGAACUGUGCUAAAUGCUUCCUCGGAGGUUUUUGGUACAGUACCUGUCACAGUUCUAAUCCUAACGGGAUAUACCUGUGGGGAAAGGACGGCACUCAUUACGCCAUCAGUUACUCUUACUUGUGUUUAAGGUACAAUAAUAACC